AUGGCGAAAAGUCUAUUCUUUCUGGGGAGGAAAAUAAUUCCACGAAGGUUACUUUACACCGGCUUUAGAAGAAAGGUGGGUGCAAAGAGCUCAGGGCUGAGUCGGGAUGCGCACUCGGGCCGCGGCGCCCGGGAAGGCUGCAGAGCCCGGGAAGCCGCGGGACCCCGCGAGCACAGCUCGGCCCGCCUCCCCGCCGAGGCCUACCGAGUCCUCGCCCUCCCCGCGCCGCCCCCGCAGCUCCUCACCGAAUCCUCACCGAGCUGCGUGGAGAGCCCUCGGACAAACGCCGAGAAGGACUCGGAGCUCGGAGAAAAAGGGGGGGCUGGCCGUGACGUCACUUCCAUUUCCGGCUCGGAGUUCUCAGCCACGUUGGAGCUCUCCAGGCUGGAGAGAAAAACUUGUUUGUUCCAGCGUCCCGACAGUUGCACCCCUUUUCGGGAUCCAGUUUGGGUAGUCCAACAAUGUGUCGUGCUAGAAAGGCCAAGAAUCCUGUGGUUAAUCUGUCCACAAGACUGGAUAUUUCAGCUGUCUCAAUUCAGCACUGGAGUCCUGAAGGAUGCCUGGGGAGCUGCUAAUCUUCAAUCUGUUGGAAUCCCAAAGAAAUUGACUCUAACACUGGUUACUAAAUGCCUCAGUAACAGAACUAGCAAGAGUGAGUACAAGCAGGCAAAAAGCAGUUCCCUUCUUCCAUGUCUUGGCAUCUGGGCUGCCACGGGUCCACAAGCAAAGCCUAAGACUGCUAAAGAAUCUGAAACAGAAUCCUCCUAGGAAGCGACUGGCCUCCUAAUCCUGGGACCCCCUGGGUCCUCCAGCCCUCCAGCUGCACCACCAUUUGGUGUC